UUCCCAAGUACAAAUAACAUUUUCCACGGACGAUUCUCUCUCUUGUGGAAGAAGGAAGAAAAAAGAGCUGAAAGAUGAGAGCGCGAGCAAAACCAAACCGUUGAAAUUUGUCUACUUGAUUGAAACGCUGUAUAAAUUUAGAAAUUGAAGCCACAUUUGGUCGAUAAACAAAUAUAAAAAAAAAAAGUGAGAGAGAUGAUGUUCGGCAGUGAGGGCGGUGGUGCUGGUGGAGGAGGGAGAGAGAAGGAAACCCUAGGUCGUCUGACCCACUUGAUGAUGCCUAUGCCGCUGCAGCUUGACCCGGCGUCGAUGUCCUCGGUCGGCGGUGGCGACGAUGACUUCCCGAAGAGGGAUGAGAGGGUGCCUCAAUGGAGCCAACAGGAGACCAGAGAUUUCAUCGCGAUCCGUGCCGAGCUGGAGAGGAACUUCACCGUCUCGAAGCGGAACAAGACUCUCUGGGAGGUCGUGUCCACCAGGAUGAAGGAGAGAGGGUACAGAAGGAGCCCCGAUCAGUGUAAAUGCAAGUGGAAGAACCUCGUCAAUAGAUAUAAGGGAAAGGAGACAUCUGAUCUGGAUAAUGGCCGGCAAUGCCCAUUCUUUGAGGAGCUUCAUGCAGUCUUCACUGAAAGAGCAAAGAACAUGCAGCGAUCACUUCUUGAAUCGGAGGCUGGUUCCAUGCAAGCAAAAAAGAGGGUAAAGAGAAUUAGUGGAGAUCAAUCCUCAGAAGAAUUAUCAGAAGAUGAAAAUGAGUAUGAAGGCCGGAGUGACGAGGAGAGAAUCACAAAAGGCAGCAAUUCUCGGAAAAGGAAGACAGAGAAAGAGAAGCGGUUGCAAACAGCAGCAUUGGACAAGUCUUCAGGACAACCUAAUACAGGUAAUAUUAACAGUAGUGGUAGUAGCCUCAAUGGUAUUCAAGAGAUGCUUCGGGAAUUUUUUCAGCAGCAACAGAGGAUGGAGAUGCAGUGGAGGGAGUCAAUGGAGAGGUGUGCCCAUGAGAGGCAGUUAUUUGAGCAGGAAUGGCGACAGUCAAUGGAGAACAUUGAAAGGGAGAGGCUGAUGGUAGAGCAAGCAUGGAGGGAGAGGGAAGAACAAAGGCGGAUGAGAGAAGAAAGCAGGGCAGAGAAGAGGGAUGCCCUCUUAACAACACUUUUGAACAAACUCGUCAAUGAAAACAACCUUUGAGGCAUAAUGGUUGAGAGGGCCUCUGAAUGGCUCUUUUUAUAUACUCCUGAACAUUGUGACAUUGUGCAGGUAUAAGCAGCUAUAGUUGGUUAGUUGAUCAAUUGGAGAAUACAUGGGAAGCGAGAAUUUAAAGUGUAGACACCAAGCAUAUAGACAGUUUCUCUUAAUUUUGGUAUACAAAAAAAGGACUUCUAUUAGCUAAUACAAAAGUUGGAUAUUGUUUUAGGAUCAUAAGAGCAGUUAUUACAGCUUGUGGGAAUUACAAUCCUGAAUGGCAGGUGUAAGAUUUUAGAGAGAUUGUGUAAGUUUUUGCUAUCAAGUUGAGUUGGGUGGGGAUUGGUUUUCCGAAGGAACUGUUGUUUUGAAUGCAUAAAAAGUUGUUCAUGUUUAUGCAUUAAUGUUUCCCGCUCGGGUCGCUCUUCAGCCUAGUUUGUGUAAGUUUUUGCUGUCAAUUUGAGUUGGGUGGGGAUUGGUUUUCUGGAGGAACUCUUGUUUUGAAUGCGUAAAAAGUUGUUCAUGUUUCUGCAUUAAUGUUUCCCAUUCAGGUUGCUCUUUAGCCCCGGCAAGGCCUUUUUUAAUUAGGUUUAUUUUGAAACACAGUAUAUCGAUUGAUUUUAUUAAUUGUUCCAAUCGGACAUACAUUUCCAGCAUUUACCAAUGGACCUGUGCCCGCUCCUUGUCUGAAUGUUGAUAAUUCUAUUUCUUGUACCUGGACUUAUUUUCCCAGUUUAAAUGUAUCCCAUCUCUUUAUUGUUUUUGCUCU